AUGUAAGUCAUGAUAAUCAAAUUUGCCACAAAUUAUUUUCUCAUAGCACUUAAAAAAAUGGGAGGGUCCUGCAUCAACAUUUUUAAAUUUAAAAAAUAAGGACCACCCUAAUGUGUACGUCAUGUUGUUUGUGUAAUCACUAUUUAUGAUAAUUAUUAGUAAAUGUGACAUUACAUUUUGUAAGCUACACUUUCGUUAAUCGUUAGGAACCAGCCUAUUGAGUGUUGAUGAAUUUGAGUUUAAUGCAUAUUCACCGAAAGUAUUAUAGAAGGUAUCAUAAUAUUAUAUUCAUCGAACAAAUAAUUUAGAUUAUUUUUUUUUACUUACUGGUUUAAAUGUGCUAAGCUAUUAUUAUUAUUUGAGUGAAAAAAACUUUUAAGCUUGCUAUACUGCUACUGUAGUAAGAUGGUUAAAAAACAUAGCGGUGCUUUCAAUCGGCAAAAAAAGAAAGAAAAUGCUACUGCAACUGCCAAAGUAUUAGCUAAAACGCCUAAACUUUUCAAUUAUUUUCAAAAAAAUGUUCCAAAUCUGUCACAAGAGAAUGUCCAGAAUGAUUAUAAUAGUCGGAGUAAUGAUAGCCCUGUUUCACAACUGUGCUCAAAUGCUCAUACCCCUGAUGGGUGUGGGUCAUCUGAUUUGAAUAAAGAUGAUAACUGUGUUAGUCCGCCAUUUAAAACUGAAGUAUUACUUGUAAAUAAAAGUGUUAUUUUUUUAUGGGGAAACAAAAUUAAAUAAGUCGAAAAAAUAUAUAGGUAUAUUGGAGUAUAAUUUUUAAUGGCAAAAAGUAAAUUUGUAAUCAGAGGUGACUCAAAACAUUUUUUGGGGCUAAAAACACUUUUAAUGUCUCUGAGUGACGAGAUAAAAUAAAGGGGCGCCAAAAUAUGUGUACCUGGGGCGCCAAAAUCGUAAAUACGCCUCUGCGUCCGUAAAAUGUAGAAG